AUGAAGAUUUCCAUAACUUUUGCCAUUUUGGCAGUUUUGCUUCUGUGGCUACCGGAAAAAAGCGCCGGAAAAGUGAAGCAAAUGCAACAACGCCGCCGUGGGUGGAGGUUUCUGGCCGGAGAGACUUUUUAUCCUUCUUAUCAAGACUCUAUGCCCACUUCAUUACAGGAUAGGAAAACAUCCACCAUCUUUAACGUUUUAAACUUUGGCGCUAAAGGCGAUGGAAGAACCGACGACACAAAGGCAUUUGAAGCAGCUUGGUUAGCUGCUUGUAAACUAGAAGCAUCAACCAUGGUUGUGCCGAAAGGUUCGGUUUUUCUGGUCAAACCCGUAUCGUUUUCGGGACCCAAUUGUGGAUCGAACAUCAUUUUUCAGUUAGAUGGCAAGAUUAUAGCUCCAACCGACUCGAGAAGUUGGGGCUCGGGUCUCUUGCAAUGGCUUGAAUUCACGAAGCUAAACGGGAUAACGAUCCGUGGAAAUGGUGUUAUCGAUGGACAAGGCUCAGUCUGGUGGACCGAUGCGCCAACAAGCACUAAACCAACAGCAAUUAGGUUUUACGGAAGUUCUGAUGUAACGGUGACGGGGAUAACGAUUCAAAACAGCCAACAAACUCACCUCAAAUUCGAUAAUUGUCAAUCUGUUCAGGUUUUUGAUAUUACAGUUUCAUCUCCCGGUGACAGCCCGAAUACCGACGGAAUCCACUUACAAAACUCGCAAGACGUGACCAUCCAUAGCAGCAAACUUGCUUGCGGAGACGAUUGUGUUUCCAUACAAACGGGAUGCUCGGGGGUAGACAUACAGAACGUCGAUUGUGGACCUGGACACGGGAUAAGCAUCGGGAGCCUCGGGAAAGGUAACACGAAAGCGUGCGUUUCAAAUAUUACGGUUCGCGAUACAAAGAUCCACGACUCACUAAAUGGAGUAAGAAUAAAGACAUGGCAGGGUGGUUCAGGGUCAGUGCGAGGUGUGAGAUUUGGCAACAUUCAAUUAUCAAACGUGAAAACGGCAAUCAUGAUCGAUCAAUACUAUUGCGACGGCAGCAAAUGCCGGAAUAUGACGUCAGCAGUGGCUGUUUCCGGCAUAUCUUAUGAGAAUAUAAGAGGGACGUAUUCUGUGAACCCUGUUCAUUUUGCAUGCAGUGAUACGUCCCCAUGCACAGAUGUAACCCUAGACACCAUACAGUUGCAGCCACUUGAAGAAAACAAGCCACCGUUUUGUUGGAAUGCUUAUGGCCAGUUGAAAACCACCACCACCCCUCCAAUUCAGUGCUUGAUGGUCGCUAAAUCAUCCAACAAACAGCGUCUAAAUAACGAUGAUUCUUGCUAA